AAAAUCUUCCCGCCCAAAUAGUUCUAUUGCCGACGUAUCGUAGCCAUUUAUAAGUCGAUUUCCUUACCCCAGUAUCCCCCAAUCGCAAACGAAUCAAACCCUAACCCUAGAUUUUUUGCUAACUAGGAUCAAACGAUGAAAGGAGGCAAAUCAAGCGGUGCUACCAGGAAAGCCGAUACCAAGUUGGCUAUAAAGAAAACUGCAGCCAAGGGGAAAGCUGCUAAGGAUCCUAAUAAACCCAAGAGGCCUGCUAGCGCCUUCUUUGUCUUCAUGGAGGACUUUAGAAAGCAGUUCAAAGAAGAUCACCCUGACAACAAAUCUGUUGCUGCUGUUGGUAAAGCUGGUGGGGCAAAAUGGAAGUCAAUGUCCGACUCUGAAAAGGCACCUUUUCAAGCCAAAGCUGACAAAAGAAAGAAGGAAUAUGAGAAGAACUUGGACACCUACAACAAAAAACUUGCUGGAGGUGGUAAUGAUGAUGAUGAUGAUGAGGAUUCUGACAAAUCUAAGUCUGAAGUCAAUGAUGAAGCAGAUGAGGACGAAAGUGAUGAUGAGGAAGAUGAUGACUGA